CUCUGCGCUAACACAGAGCAACCUGACAGUGCUUUCGAUGGCAGCUGUACGCGAGCUCCCGUGGCUGGCGCGCCAUUCUUCACCAGGCCGCGUGGUUCCCUUCCCUCGGCUCGCUCCCUUUAACUUCCCGCACACACGCGGGCGUUUCUGGCAGCCUCGCCGCUUUACCCCGCGCUCCCUUUGCUCAGAAGGACGGCGAUCCACCCGGAGCGGCAGCCGCUCCCGCCGCACCUCGGAUCCCCGCAGCCCCGGCCGUGCCCGGGCGGAGCGUGCAGCGAUCGGACCGUCCCCCGGCAUCGCCUUCCGGUGCCGCGGCUCCAUGGACGCCAACCUGCGGCUCUGGAGGGCUGAGGGCCCGUCUUUUUGGCAGAGGCUUCUUCUGUGGGCGGAUGUCUUAGACCCCCUGCACCUCCUGAAGUCCGCGGAUGAAAUAAGAAGAGCCCGGUUAUUAUUAGAAAACAAUGAAAAGACCCAAAGUGAGCCCCUACAGAAUCAUCAGACAAAACAAGCCUUCCUGCUGAGCCUGGCCAGUGUACAUCCUGAUACAGGCAGGACAAUUCCUGUUUUCUUCAGACCUCCAGCUUUCCUGCCUGUAACUCUUCCAUUGGUCAUGUCUUCGUCGCUUCAGCUGCAGGCAAAACAGAUUUUUCUUUGUCAGUUCGCGUUUCAUGCAUACACCACAGGAUUUACCCUGUUAAAUGGAAAUUGUACCACUAAGGAUGAAGAGAACUCGCUUCACCAAAAGCAAAUCUUGCUUGGUGUGGGGGCCGUUUCCUACGCAGCACUUCUGGGUGCUUUUCCUUUUUACUUUAUGGACCGGUACACGUUGAAGAGCCCAGUAACAAAUCUAGUUGUCAAAAGGCUUCUACCUGCUCCUCUUUUAGGCUUGAUGAAUGCUUUUACUGUGGUAGCAGUGAGAAGCGCAGAAUUUGAGAAUGGAAUUGAAGUGAUGGACAGGAAUGGGAAGGUUGUAGGAGUGUCAAAGAAGGCUGGUGAGAAGGCCGUUAAAGAAACAGCAUUAUCAAGAGGAAUCUUGUUUGGGACAACAUUCUUCCUGCCAGCUGCACUUAUGCACUUUGUGGAAAGAGCGAACACUACAAGAACUCCACGUGCUUUGGCUUCACUGAGGAUGCUUCUGACUAUGGCAGUGCUGGCAGGGAUGUUACCAAUUUCACUUGGCAUCUUCCCACAGUGUGGUGAGAUAAAACGAGAAGAACUUGAAGCAGAAAUUCUGUCAUCUACAGAAGAAACAGUAUUAUUCUACAAUAGAGGAAUUUAGAGAUUGGCUUUUGUAUCUAAACGUGGGUUUUGAUUAAAGUGAAUUCUGAAUCUCUCAACAAAUUCAGUCAACAUCAGUGACUGAAUGAAUCAUGAACUUGUGGUGGCACACAAACCAGAAUUGGUGUACAGACAGGCAGGCACUGCAAAAUGGUUUUGCAAGCCAAGUCCCCCAGAGAAGUAUGUGCACAUAACUUAAUGCUGUAAACAUGAUCUGUACCAGAGAACGUUGUUCUAACAUCUCAAACUGUUUUGUAUGCUUUCUCACACAGUUGAUUUCUUGAUUAAAGGACUGAUCAGGUGAUACAAGA